AUGGCGUCCCCAGCUCAACAAUUACCGCCAGGAUGGGCUGCUGAAUGGGACCCGGCGAAUCAGCGCUACCUUUUCAUUGAAACGGCGUCGGGCCAUCGACAGUGGGAGCCGCCUGCCAUGGUACCAGCCGCGCCAGCUGAUCUGGUCACGUCUGGCUCUCCGCCUCCAACUCAUCACGCAAAACGACGCCAGUACGCGGCGGGUCAGACCCAUGCUUAUUACGGUGAUGCUGUAGCUCCAGAUCCUAACUAUGGCGCCAUGCAGCCGCCUCCUCCUGCGGGCGGACAACUCUUCACGCCAGGUUUGGCCGCUGAAAACCAGUUUGCACAGCAGCAGCAACCACCUCAGCCAUAUUAUGGACAACCACAGCCUGCACCGGAGUAUGGUAACGUACCAGCGUAUGGUCCCGGGCCGACCGCCGUUGGAGGAGGAGCCGUGAAUGCUCUAGCAGAUCAAUUUGGUCAAAUGGGAAUGGGUGGUCAGAAGCAAUUCCAGCUCUACACCACGAACCUACUCACGUCGCCCCCGGACCCCCGCGAGCUUCUACAACCUCCACCCGAAAUUCGGUUGCCUCCCAAUGCUUGUAUAUCGCCCUCCCCCCAUGCCAAUGCGCACCCAUCCUACCAACGAUCAACCCUCAACGCGAUCCCGACUACAUCAUCUCUUCUCAACAAAGCCAAGGUUCCUCUCGGCCUGAUCCUAACACCCUACCGCUCUCUCGAUGAAGGGGAGGAGCCUGUUCCUGUGGUCACCGACACAGUUAUCGCGCGUUGCAGACGAUGCAGAACGUACAUCAACCCCUACGUGCAAUUCAUUGAUGGAGGCAACCGCUGGCGAUGCUGCAUGUGCAACAUGUCGAAUGAAGUGCCCCAACUCUUUGACUGGGACCAAGUCCGAAACCAGCCCGGCGAUCGCUGGUCUCGUGCAGAACUAAAUCACGCUGUCGUAGAAUUUGUCGCUCCUACUGAGUACAUGGUCCGGCCCCCUCAGCCAGCAGUGUACGUCUUCCUCAUUGAUGUCAGUCAUGCUGCUGUACAAUCAGGCAUGGUUGCUACCGCCACUCGCACUAUUCUUGAGAACCUCGAUCGUAUCCCAGAUGAAGACGGCCGUACCAAAAUAUCAAUUAUCUGUUACGAUACAUCAUUGUAUUUCUUCUCCAUCCCUCCAGGAUCGGCGGACUCUACCAUGCUCGUGGUUGCCGAUGUAGAAGACGUCUUCUUACCGAAACCCACCGACCUGCUGGUGAACUUGGUGGAAUGCCGACAGUCUCUUGAAACACUCUUAGGCCGUAUCAAUGGUAUGUUCCAGGACAAUAUGACUGUUGGUAGCGCGAUGGGCCCUGCUCUACAAGCCGGCUUCAAACUGAUGUCGCACAUUGGGGGAAAGAUCACUGUCUUAUCCUCUAGUUUGCCUAGUGUUGGACAAGGUGCUUUGAAAAACCGCGAGGACUCGAAGAUUCUUGGGACAUCAAAGGAAUCUGGCCUUCUACAAGCCGCUUCCCCCUUCUACAAAACCUUCGCCAUUGAAUGUUCACGCGCACAGGUUUCCGUUGAUAUGUUCCUAUUCAGCGCUGCUUAUCAGGACGUUGCGAGUCUUGCAUGCUUGCCCCAUUACACGUCUGGGCAGACAUACUACUAUCCUGGCUUCAAUGCUGCGAAAUCGGAAGACGCUAUCAAAUUCGCUCGUGAGUUUGGUGACGUCCUGGCCAUGCCCAUCAUGCUUGAAGCUGUGAUGCGUGUGCGAGCUUCACGAGGCUUGCGGAUGGCGUCGUUCCACGGCAAUUUCUUCGUUCGGUCGACGGAUUUGUUGGCUAUGCCCGCCGUUCCGCAAGAUCAAUCUUACGCUAUCGAAAUCCAGAUCGAAGAGACCAUCACAACUCCGUUUGUUGUUCUACAAACCGCGGUGCUGCACACUACUUGCUACGGCGAGCGCCGAAUUCGUGUUAUCACCUUGGCACUCCCCACUACAAGUAACCUCUCGGAAGUCUUCGCGUCUGCUGACCAAGUGGCGAUUGCGACUCUCCUAGCGAACAAGGCUGUUGAGCGUUCGCUAACGCACAAGUUGGAAGACAGCAGAGAUCACAUCUUCGCCAAGCUCGUGGAAGUCCUGACGACCUACAAGACGAGCAUGACGGCCGCUGGAUCCGGCGCAAGUGCACAGCUCGCGAUUUCGGAGAAUUUGAAGAUGCUUCCUGUCUUGGUGCUUGGUUUGUUGAAGAACGUUGGUAUCCGACAAAGUGCACAAAUACCUCCAGAUAUUCGUGCAUACUCUCAAGCUCUCCUCACAUCUCUUCCAUCUCAGCUAUUGAUACCUUACAUCUACCCGAAUUUCUACUCAUUGCAUAAUAUGCCCCCCGAUGCCGGGACUGUUGGCGAGCAAGGUGUCAUCAUGCCCCCUCCUCUUCCCCUCACGUCAGAAAGAAUGGAGAGGCACGGCUUGUAUUUGAUCGAAGACGGCCAGACUAUGUUCUUGUGGAUCGGUCGCGAUGCCGUGCCGCAGCUGGUGGCGGACGUCUUUGGUCUACCGAACUACGAGGCUCUUCGCGGUGGCAAGACGACGCUUCCUGUUAUCGACACACCUAUCUCACAACGCAUAAGUGCUGUCAUCCAGAAGACCCGCGAGAUGCGCAGAGGCGUGUAUUACCCGCAUCUGUAUAUCGUCAAGGAAGACGGCGAGCAGCCGCUGAGGCUAUGGGCGCUCAGCGCGCUCGUGCAGGACCGCGCAGACGUCCUGCCGAGCUACCAGCAGUUCAUUCAGACUCUCAAAGACAAGGUUAACGGGGUUGGCAGUUAUUAA